AAGUACAGUACUCAGUGACGACGAUGGGCCAUGGUCUACUCACGUUCGCCUUCUCUCCGCCUCCAACUCAUCCGUCUCGACGUGCAUCCACCAAAACUCAGUCCCGCGACCACCAUGCCGUCCGGUGAAGAAUCACACGUACAGGCUGCUAUGCACACGGUCCUCCGCGAGGCCCAGGCAGCCGUCGUUCUCGGAGCACACGGAAUCGCCUCCUUCGCAUGGCUCUGGCCUAUCCGCGGUGUCUACUUCGCUAUCACACACCCCAAUGUCAUCAUUGGCGUCCGCCCCGCCAUCGUGAAGUCCUUGGUGGCUUCCGCCGCCAUCUUCGGCCUUCUCAUGUUCUUCACAUACGUCCCCCAGAUGGCUAUUCUUGCCAUUGUGUCUGGGCCCCUCGCUCCGGUUCUUGCUCUCUUCGUCGUGGGCGCCGAAUCCGCGUUCCUGCUCGCCCUCCUAGCGCGCCCGCUCUUCAUUGAGCCCGCCCUCACGCAGGUCUUCGACAACACACUUCGUGCGCGGGGGCAAGGAGAGUUCGUCAAGACAGGCAAGACGCGCGGUAAGGGUGCCACGGCCAGCGUCGAAAGCGCCCUGGUCAAGCCGCUGCAGAUACUCUCCACGGGUAGCAUCGUACGCUACCUGAUUACGUUGCCGAUCAAUAUGGUCCCCGUGCUUGGGACGGUCCUGUUUGUACUCUACAACGGAUACAUCGGCGGCCCUGGCUGGCAUUCACGAUACUUCCAACUCAAGGGCUUCUCGAAAAACCAGCGGCACGCUUUCGUGGACAGGAGGAGAGGAGAGUACACUGCAUUCGGCGUAGUGACACUGCUGUUCAACUACAUUCCUCUCAUUGGUCUCCUCUUCAGCUUCACGAACACCAUUGGCGCUGCGAUGUGGGCGGCGCAGCUGGAGGCACAGGCAAACCUCAUCGACGUACCCCAGCCAAUUGACAAGGCAAAGAAGACGCCGGAGGUGAUCAGCCAGGAGUAGGAGAGUCAAAGAUGGACGGACUUGUAUUGGACUGUGAACACGGAGUUUCAGUUGUAUCUCACAUGACUCACAUUUCGGUUGUAUUUGAAGGGCUUGACAGGGCUUAUAGGUUGGUCUCGUCGCUUAUUAGCUAUCCGGUUGUUGAGUUCUUCCUCGCAAAGCAUACAUGUACGGUAUGAGCUGCACGAACCGUUCAGGGAAGCAAACUACUCACCACACUUACAGUAGGUCGCGUCACGGUCAC